CUCCUCUUCUCUCCUUCAGAGUUGUUCAGACUUGAGAGAGGAAUGGCGUCCCCUCGGAGUUUCUUCACCUCUCUCUGCGGCUUAUUUCUACUUUUUUAUUUCUCUUUCGGAUCUACGAGUUCAGGCAGCAGGAGGUCGAACCAGGAUCGAUGUGGAUUCAAGGUGCAGUCUGGUGCAGAUGGAGGUCGCAGGAUGGCCGUCACCUUCAGAGCUGACAAUUGUUCCUUAAACUAUCCGCUAGGGAAACACAUCAUCCACGGGGUCUCCAACAUCUCCUUCAGCCAUCUGGCCUGUGAGGAUCAGGCCGCUGUGGUCGUCCACUGGUCUGCAAGUCCCCUUGGGAUUGAGCAUAUUAAAGGUUUCCGUGUUUACCUGGAGGACAAAAAUCCAGAAGGUAAACAGUGUCAACACCUGAUCCUCAAAGACCCCCGACAGCUCAACUACUCCUACAGGAACACGAAGCUGAGCAGUCAGCCGUUCAGUGGUUUGACCUUUGACACCGACUACCUGGUUCGCGUCGUUCCUUUUCCAUCUCUGAUGAACGAAAGUUUCUUCUCCCCGUCCUUCCUCAGGACCAACUCGUGUGAAGUUCUCCUCGGAUCAGAACACCUGGUCUGUAAACCAUUCUGGAAGCCAAAGAGUCUGAACGUUUCUCAGAUCGGAUCAAACCUUCAUGUAGCCUUUGACCAGGCUCCGCCCACCUUCAGCUUCCACUUCUACUACCUGUACUACAGACUGAAGCAGGACGGUGUCUUCAGACAGCAGCGCUGCAAACCGGAUAUCAACCAGGUCAGGAUGACAUGCAUCAUCCAGGACGUAACUCCAGGAACCUAUGUCAUUGAGCUGAAAGAUGACAGCAACACCACAAGAAGGCAAACCCAGUUCCAUGUCAGUCAGGUCCACUCCCAGUGGGCAGGGCCUAUCCGUGCUAUGGCCAUCACAGUGCCUAUGGUCAUCAUGUCAGCCUUCGCUACCCUCUUCACUGUGAUGUGUCGAAAGAAGCAGCAAGAAAACAUCUACAGCCAGCUGGAUGAGGAGAGCAGCGAGUCGUCCAAUCAGAGUGCGGCUCUGAACAGCGAGCGGCCGUGGCCCCGUCCUAAAGUAUUCAUCUGUUACUCCAGCAGAGAUUGUUCCAAACACACCAGCGUCAUCCAGAGCUUCGCCUAUUUCCUGCAGGACUUCUGCGGCUGCGAGGUUGUGCUGGACUUGUGGGAACACCUGGAGAUGUGUAAGGAGGGUCAGAUGUCAUGGCUUAGCCGACAGCUGGACGAAGCAAACCUCAUCAUCGUCGUCUGCUCUAAAGGCCUGCGAUACUAUGUGGAGAAGAAGAGUCGUAGGGGAAAGACGCCAGUCAGUCGCCGUGGUAACAGCAGCAGCAGCAGCAGCUCUCCAACAGGUGGAUCUAAUGGUGACCUGUUCAUAGUGGCUGUGGCCAUGAUCGCAGAGAAGCUGCGUCUGGCGAAGCAGAGUGAAGGAGGCGGGGACCAGGAGCUGAGCCGCUACAUGGCGGUCUACUUUGAUUACUCGACAGAAAACGACAUUCCCACCAUGCUGAGUCUGGCUCCUAGGUUUAAGUUGAUGGACCAGUUGCCUCAGCUCUACACUCGGCUCCAUUCAUGUCAGUCCGGUUUGGUGGAUCAGGAGCAGCAUCCCAUCAACGUCUCAAGGAGGAACUACUUCAGGAGCAAAUCUGGACGUUCGCUCUACGUUUCCAUCUGCAACAUGCACCAGCACAUCAGCCAGAAUCCAGACUGGUUCGAAAAGCAGCUUUCUCCUGCAGGGCCCUCUGAGUUCUCCGGAAAACCAGCUCCUCCUCCUGUCCCAGUUCCAAACCCCCAUCUCAAGUCUUCCUGCUGCUCUGCACCUCAGUCCGGGCAGAGGUUUGACUCUGGUUUGGUCCUGAACGAUGUGCUGGAGAGGACCCCGUCGUUGGAUGGGGUAGACGUAGUCUCGAGGAGGAAUGUGCUCCUGCUGGCGCCUGGUUCCGAUUGCAGUCCUGCUUCCUGUCCCAGUCCUGGUCUUUGUCCCAGUCCAGACCUGCCACCAAAGUCCACUUCAAGAUCCACCACUGGAACAUCUGGAGUUUUACCUGAAGACUCUUGCUCCUCCUCCCCCUCAUCAGCUCCCCCCAUCCUCCAGAAGGAGGUGUGUCCAGUCUCCAGCCAAGCAGAAGAGGAGCAUCCUUCAGCUCCAGAGCUCCCUCCUCCUCGGGAUUCUGGGAUAUAUGAUUCAUCCGUCCCAUCAUCAGAGCUUUCCAUUCCACUAAUGGAGGGACUGUCGCAUGACCAGGUGGACACCGCCUCCCUGGCAGACAGCGAGUCAUCUUCGUCUGGGUUAGGUGAUGAGGAGCCGCCCACUGUCACGUUGCUCCGCUGCAGCACUGUUUGCAAAGCGGAGCUGCAUCAUCAGCUGGACUGCAGUGACACACACGCAUCAUCAUUGUAGGAGAUGCUUGCAGCCAUUCAGGUGAUGGACAGGUCAUGUGAUGCCAACAGAAGACCAUAAAAGUACCAGCCGGUGCUGUCAUUGUCAUGGAAACACAACCAAAAGACGUUAAAGGCAUUAUCAUUAUCAUUUUAAUCACUGAUUCUGGGUCUGCAUUGCCAUGGUAACGAUUGUGCCUGACAACAAGGGUAAUCCCCCUAAUCAUUUGCUGUUGAACUGUGCAUGCUUCCUGAUGAGCACAGAGAUAAUGAAACAUGCCCUGGAUGUUUAUGUAACCAUGGUAACCACUGAACACCACUCACAGAUAACCAUGGUACGGGCAGCAUCCUGGAACCCUUGUUUCUGGGAAUGAUAUGGCCAUGUUGGCUCUGCUUGGAGCAUUUUACACUCAAUGUGACCAGAGUAGAAAGACCAGACCAAAGAUUGCUUCAUGUGAGACUUCAGCACCAAAGCAGGAUGCAGAGUCCAGCUGUCGGUUCGUGCACUUUCAGAUGCAGCAAUGCAAGACAUGAAGAACCGUGUUCGGUAUCUGAAACUAACCUGAGCAGAUUAAUAACUCAAAGGCUUUUAUUUUGUAACAACAGGAUGUCUUUUUAAAUGUUUUUUUGUCAACAAUUUGAACUAAACCUAGUUAAAACACUUGUUAUUCCGGCCACUUUUAUACUAAAUAUAUAUUUUUAUACAUAACAGGAAAAACCUUUGUCAGGAUGAAAUCGCCUUAGGUCACGUUACGUUUUAUUGAUACUGACAGAAAAUGUCAUCAGUCACAUCUUUAACAUCUUACUUACAACAGAAUCUUUUACCAUAAAUCUGAGAAACCUGAUAAUGUGAUACAACAUGAUGGAAAAGUGUAAUUUUUGUGGAUAGAAAUAAUUUUUUUAAAUAAUUUUCAGCCUUUUUAUUCAAGAAUCCCUUUUUUAAUAUCAACGUGUGUAACUGAUAGGGUCACACCCACGAUAUGCUUGCAUUACGUGUUUCUAAAUGUUUUAGAAAAUGGCAGGAAGCAGAAGAAAUAAGGGCAUUUUAUUAAACAUUUCUUUCAGAAGUGUGAAGUUUCAAUCGCAAGAAGAUAUUCUAAAUUUAAAGAUUCACUUUUCAGACUAAACUUCAGAGAUGCUUUAAUUUUUUCAUUUGAAUCAUGUUCUUUAUUCUAGUGGCAGAAACCAGCUUGAAAUCCCAGUUUUAUGGCUUUCAGUUAUUAGUCAUCAGCUGCAAUUUAUUUUGUCAUACUGAACAAAAACGUCAAGUUAUGCUAUUUAAAGUAUUUACGCUAUUUUUCUGACUGUUUCUGUGUGUUGACUGAAGAUCUAACAGGGCCUAUUUGUAAAUAUUUUUUUGAACAUCCCAGAUCAGAAAUAUUUCAUUUUGUAUAGUUAGAUUGUUAUUUUAGUCAUUUUCAUGGAAAUGUAAUGUUUUAUUGCACCACAAUAAAUCUGUUUCAGAAGA